AUUAUUAACUAUCGGAUCGGGCGGUUGGUUGUGUGUUAUUUUACUAAAUAAAUAUUUAAAUGCAGAACAUGACCUUAAACUAACAAAGCUAAAUGGUUAAUGGUUAAUGGUUAAUGGUAAAUGGUAAAUGGUAAAUGUAACAACCAAAGACGUACAAUAAGACAAGACUCCGCCCGUUGUCAAUUAUAAUGUGCGUAAUGAUAUGUACAACGCAUUCAACGAACCCGGUGGCAUGCGUCUUACAAUCGAGUCCAAUUUAUUAUAAUAAAACUAGUACAAAACUAUUGAGUUUAAUAAAAGUUGUGUUAGUACAGUGGCAUUGCGCCACCACGUGACUGCUAUAAUUCACCAAGACCACUGAACCGUUAUGGAACAUGAGGUGUCUAGCAGCGCUCCUGUACUCUGUUGCUGCUGUUGCAUUAAUAAGUCUGCUGGUAGUGGCUGCUGCUGCUGCUACCGAUCACAAUGGAAAAUUCACAUCAUUAAACUCGAAGCGUACGAGAGUCACACGUGACGUUGACGAUGCUUCAACGGACAUAAUGGCAAGGAACCUUCUUGAAUGGAUCCAAGGAAUUUAUCGACAGGGCAUACGCAAAACAAGACAAGACGGUAAUGGAUAUUUACCGCCGUACAGUAACCAGCGACCGCCAGAGAGACCGAGACCAUUCCAGCCUGCACCAUCCUCGACGCAGUCGCCGCCUUAUCCCUCGCAGUCGCCAAGUCAGAACGAGGUGACUAAUUAUCCAGCAUUGCAGCCGUCACCGGGUUUAGGAAGUGGAUUUUCGUCUAAUCCACCGGCAUUGAGUUAUGGUUCGACACCCAGGCCAACUUACAUACCUACUUCGACAAGUCAGCCUUCAUCGCCGCCUUCGUUCCCGACGAGUCCUCCCGGACCUUUUACAGGAGGCGCUGGUUAUCCGGGUGCUUCGACGACUCUUCGACCACCGUCACCUUCUUAUGGAUAUCCGUCAACGAAUGGAGGGUAUCCUAGUUCAGGAUAUCCGUCACCAACUCCCCAACCAAGUUUUCCUACUCCACAACCAGGUUAUCCAUCACCGAGUCCUGGAUAUCCAUCACCGAGUCCUGGAUAUAUAUCACCAAGUCCUGGAUACCCAUCACCAAGUCCUGGAUAUCCAUCACCAAGUCCGGGAUAUCCAUCACCAAGUCCGGGAUAUCCAUCGCCAAGUCCUGGAACACCAACAGAUUCUUACGGAUACCCAUCACCAAGUCCUUUUCCUAAUUUUCCAACACCUACAGGUCCAGGUAGCGUACCAACAGGUCCAGGUAGUGUGCCAACUGGUCCAGGUGGUGUAUCACCUGGCGGUACUCCAGCAACAAAUAGACCUACACCAGGUAGACCUACACCAGGUAGACCUUCACCUGGGUCUACCGGAGGGAGCCCAACACCUGGCAGCCCGGGAACAACUCCUGGUUCACCAUCACCUAAACCUACUGGAGGUGAUACUGGAACAGCACCUGGUUCUCCAGGUGAAAACACAGUCUCUCCUCCCGGCGACGAUGACCUUAAACAUCCUCCUCAUAUUCAUGAACUCCAAGUCCAGUGCAGCAAGACCAUGAUGACUAUUGACAUUGAAUUCAAUCGACAAUUUGACGGAGUGAUUUACUCCAAAGGAUUUUACAUGAUGCCCGAGUGCCGAUACGUCGCAGAGAAUUCAGGGCAAACAAAAUACUCUUUCACCGUGAGUUUGGAUUCUUGCGGAACAGAAUUCAUAAACGACUUUGAAGGAGAAGCAGGUCAAGCUUAUCUAGAAAACGUACUAGUCCUUCAAAACGAACCGGGCAUCCAAGAAGUGUGGGACACUAUCCGACGCGUAAGAUGUCUCUGGGAAGGAAACAUCAACAAAGCACUGACAGUCAGCCUGUCCGUAGACAUGUUAAACCAAGAAAUCGUGACCUUCAGCGGUGAUACUGCAACCGCUAAACUAGAUAUACAAGUUGGAAAGGGGCCUUUCGCUCCGGCAGCUACUGGUUUAGUUAAAAUCGGUGAACCUAUGACUCUCGUGGUAUCCGUUGAAGGUGAUCCAGACUUUGAUCUUCAGGUUCGUGACUGCAUUGCACGCGAUGAGCCUUCAUUGAAUGUCGUGCAGCUCACUGACGAACGCGGCUGCAUUCUCAAGCCAAAACUCUUCGGCGCAUUUCAGAAGACCCGUGAAACAGGCAACACCGGCGCAUCAAUAAUUGCCUAUGCCUUCUUCCAAGCAUUUAAAUUUCCAGAUAUCAUGGAUCUUUUCAUUGAAUGCAACGUCGAGCUUUGCAAGACAAACUGCGAAGCGUGUCCAGAUGAGAACCAGCAAAUCGAACCCGGCAGACGGAGACGAGACGUCUCGUAUGCUCGAUCCAACUCAAGUCUAUCAGAUCCGAUACGUAUGGGUCGGGGAUUCAGGGUAAUAAUGCCAGACGAUUUGAGUCUUGCCUCCAGUCAGUCUCUCGAAAACCUAGAAAACACAGCAAUCAAUGAAAUUAGUUUCACAAGAAGUGUUUGCAUGAGCUACAGCGGAUUCUACGCUUCUUUCUCUUUAAUGAUCGGUAUACUUGUUGCUUCCACAAUGAGUGCCGCAGUUCUGUACACUAAAGUCCAAAGAGUUACCAGAGAAAAAGCUUACGAUCUUCCCCAAGGUCUAAAUCACCAUUAAACAAUUACUUAUAACAAUUGCCUAUAAAUAUUAACAUCAAAUAGGUUUCUGUUUAUUCAUUUUUUUUUACUGUGCCUGAUUUUUAUAUAAUAGCGUUAUUUUUAUUAUUAAUUACUUAGUACUUUAUUCUAGUGAUGUACAAAAU